AUGGGGAUCCAGGAACUUAUCGGCAGGGAGAACUUAAUUGGUAAAUACAGUGUUGCUUCACCUGCACUCAUACUGGGCAUCCAUAUUCCUUCUUCCAAAAAGGGUCAUGAAAGACAUUGUUGGUUGAUCAUGAGACAGAGACUACUUACAAUGGACAGAUUACAUAUGAUGGGAGUGAGCCAGGAGAGAACAUGUCUGCUAUGUGGAAUGCAGGAUGAAACAGUACAUCAUCUGUACUUCGAGUGCCAUUUCUCCAGAAGAUGCAUUGACGAACUAUGCAGCUGGUGGGGAAUAAAGCUGAAACAACCAGAUAUGCAGAGCAAUUGGAGAAAAAUAGGAAGAUGUAUAAAAGGGAGAAUAUGCCGAGGAUUUGUGACCUCAAUCAUCGCAACAAUAAUGUAUGGAAUAUGGCGAGCAAGGAAUGAAGCUCUAUGGAAUCAAAAAGUGCCAAUGCCAACAAAGAUGUGGAAGAGCAUAAAAGAGGAUAACAAAUACAGGCUGCAACUCAUAGAAGCUAACAGAAAGAAUAGGAAAAUAGAGUGGAUCAAUCAUUUGUACAGAUAG